AUGCAGGUUCUGCGACUUGGGCCCCGCUCUCUUCGUCCCCUCCGAUAUUCAGCCGUUCGAUGUGUAGUGACGACGGCUAGCGCAGUUGACAUCUCGGCGUCGACCUCGUCGGCGCCUACUGCGAUCCCCCUGGGCCGGGUCGAAGCGUUGUGGGACACGAUCUCCGUCGAAGAGAAAGCUGCCCUCCGCUCACAGCUUGCGGAAAUCCAGAAGAAGGACUGGAAGCAACUCUCUAUCGACGAGAAAAAGGCCGCGUACUUUGUGUCCUUCGGUCCUCAUGGACACCGUGCACCCGCCAGUAAACCCGGGGACAACCUGAAGAUUGCUGCUUCCGUCGCGGGUCUUUUGGGGGUGUCGUAUCUUCUCAUGCUCGGCGUGAAGGCAAUGGCGCCUGCUCCCCCUAAGACGAUCACCAAGGAGUGGCAAGAGGCCUCAAACGAACGCGCGAUCGAGCAGAAGAUGAAUCCUAUCACAGGUAUCACGUCGAAGGGAUACAAGGGAGCUGGCUUCGUCCAGAAUAAUUAA